AAAAAAUAUAUGCUGAAAAUUUAAGCAUAAAGUGUUAAAUUACUAACAAAUAAUAUUUCUAAGCAAAGAAUAAGGACAGUUGCUGUUAAGAAAGUGUAAUAAAAGUGCUAACAAAAUAAAGAACUCGUGCGGAAAUCUCUGUACUAACCAACACAAAUAAGAAAUACUAACAAAUUUCGUUUUGGUCCUAGAAAUCACUACGGUCCAUACAAAGCUAUAGUUAACAAAUUUAACAUUGUCCGCAAAUUUUUGCAGAGCGUUCGUUAGUGUCUCCUUGCGCGACACCGUUCUCCUUUAAAGACAAACUAAAAAAGUUUGUCGGCUUUUUGUUCAUACAAGACGCCGCAAAAGCAGAAAGAGGACGUUUCGCAAAAAUCGCCUGAUUUUUGUUGUAACAAAGUGCUACAGAGCGGUAACAAAAUAAGUACCAUUCAAUCCGAAGUUAAAAAUAUACCGGCACCAUUACAAAAGAACGGGAAAACACGUUCCAAUCGUCGCAAAAAACGCCGAAACAAAGAUUGUCAAGCAGGCGGUCAAAAUUCGAUUCAACAACAAGAGAAACAGAUAGCAACAGAUAACAAUAUGCCAGCUCGUUUUGCAGAAGAAGUCAUCACUGAUAAUGAUCGUGGUGUCCCCAUGGAUCUAGGGGGUCACUUCAAUCAUCGUCCACUGCUAAAUGAUGAUAUUGCCAUAACUGGCUUCUCCGGCAGACUACCUGAAAGUUCAAAUAUCGAAGAGUUUAAAAAGAAUCUGUUUGAAAAUGUUGACAUGGUAACCGAUGAUCCAAGGCGUUGGGAAAGUGGUCUUUUUGGACUGCCUGAAAGAUUAGGUAAAAUUAAGGAUGAAGAUUUGGAACAAUUUGAUCAACAAUUUUUUAGUGUACAUCAAAAACAAGCUGAAUGCAUGGAUCCACAAUUACGUAUGCUUCUUGAGACCACACACGAGGCUAUAAUCGAUGCAGGUCUUAAUCCAGUUGAUUUACGUGGCUCACGUACUGGUGUUUAUGUUGGUGUGUCUACAUCAGAAACUGAACAAUAUUGGACGAUAGAUCCGGAUCGUGUAAAUGGUUAUGGAUUGACUGGUUGUGCACGUGCUAUGUUUGCUAAUCGUAUUUCGUAUGCAUUUGAUUUUAAAGGCCCUAGCUAUAGCGUUGAUACUGCUUGUUCUAGUUCUUUAUAUGCAUUAGAACAUGCAUUUUCAGACAUUCGUGAGGGCAAAUGUGAUUCAGCUAUUGUCGCAGGUGUUGGUGUUAUACUCAAGCCUACAAUGUCACUUCAGUUCAAACGCCUUAAUAUGUUGAGUGUGGAUGGUAUGUGUAAAGCAUUUGAUGAAUCUGGCAAUGGGUAUGUGCGUUCAGAUGGCUGCGUUACAAUACUAGUACAACGUACAUCUCGUUCGAAACGUGUCUAUGCUACUAUUUUAAAUGUACGUACAAAUACUGACGGAUUCAAAGAACAAGGCAUUACGUUCCCAGAUGGUGGCAUGCAAAAUCGUUUAAUACGUGAAACUUAUGAAGAAAUCAAUUUAGAUCCAGCUGAUGUUACUUAUGUAGAAGCUCACGGCACUGGUACCAAAGUAGGAGAUCCUCAGGAAGUGAACUCGAUUACUGAUUUCUUCUGUAAAAAUCGCAAAACACCCUUACUUAUUGGGUCUGUUAAGUCAAAUAUGGGUCAUUCAGAACCCGCUUCAGGCGUCUGUUCGAUUGCAAAGAUGUUAAUUGCUAUGGAGGAAGGUGUCAUACCGGCUAAUUUGCAUUAUUCUAAACCUAAUCCGGACUUGUACGGCUUAAUAGAUGGUCGCCUUAAAGUUGUUGAUAAAAAUACGCCUUGGAACGGUGGUAUUAUUGGUAUCAAUUCAUUCGGUUUUGGUGGUGCUAAUGCGCAUGUUAUUCUAAAAUCUAAUCCAAAACCAAAAGCAAUUACCCCACGCGAGGGUCCACCUAAACUUGUUGUCUGUUCAGGACGUACAUUUGAUGGUGUACAAGAGUUACUCGACGAUGCUACACUUCAUCGUGAUGAUGACGAAUAUUUGACACUUAUCAAUGAUAUACAUUCUCGUAAUAUUCCGCUGCACUACUUCCGUGGCUAUUGCGUCAUGAACAGUAAAGGGCCUUUGCAAUGUGAGGUUAUGGAAUUUUCAGAUGAAAAACGACCAAUAUGGUAUAUUUACUCUGGAAUGGGCAGUCAAUGGGCCAGUAUGGCCAAGGACCUUAUGCAUUUCGAUAUAUUCAGUCAAUCUAUACAUCGUUGUGCAGAAGUUUUGCGCAGUGAAGGAGUUGAUCUUAUUGAUAUACUUACACGUUCCACUGAACAAAGUUUUGAAAAUAUAUUGAAUUCAUUUGUGUCUAUUGCUGCUAUGCAAGUAGCUUUAACGGAUUUAUUGACUUCACUUAAUAUUCAACCCGACGGCAUUGUGGGCCACUCUGUUGGUGAACUAGGUUGCGCAUAUGCGGAUGGUUGCUUUACACCGGAACAGACAGUCUUAGCUUCCUACUGGCGAGGUAAAAGUAUUCAAGAAACUCAAUUGCCAAAAGGUAAAAUGGCAGCUAUUGGCUUGUCAUGGGAGGAAGCACACAAACGCAUGCCAAAUGAUUGCUUCCCUGUUUGUCAUAACAGCGUUGACAACUGCACAAUUUCAGGACCAGAAGCUUCCAUUGACGAUCUAAUAGCAAAAUUAACUGCGGAUGGAAUUUUCGCAAGAGCUGUUAAGUCAUCAGGAUAUGCCUUCCAUAGCAAAUAUAUUGCCGAUGCAGGGCCAAAAUUGCGAAAGAGUUUAGAGAAAAUUAUUCCUAAUGCCAAAAAUCGUACACCUCGUUGGUUAAGUACAAGUAUACCUGAAAACGCUUGGAAUUCUGCAAUUGCAAAACAAUCCUCGGCAGCUUAUCACGUCAACAAUUUACUUUCACCUGUACUUUUCCACGAAGCAUUGCAACAUAUACCGAAAGAUGCUAUUUGCAUUGAAAUUGCUCCAACAGGUUUGUUACAAGCCAUUUUAAAGCGUGCACUCGGACCAGUCGCUACCAAUAUAAGUUUGGUUAAACGUGGUCAUGAAAAUAAUGUUGAAUUUUUCUUAACCAAUAUUGGUAAGCUGUAUGCUGCUGGUGGUCAACCACAGGUAUUGAAAUUGGUUCGCCCUAUUACAUAUCCCGUUGGGCGUGGUACUCCUAUGUUGAACUCUAAAGUUGGUUGGGAUCACAGUCAAAGAUGGUUAGUGCCUAAGUAUGGUGCUGAACAAACUUCUGGUGAAACAAUUAUUGAAAUCAAUUUAUCUAAGGAACAUGAUGCCUUCUUGGUUGGCCAUACAAUUGAUGGACGUAUUUUGUUUCCCGCAACUGGGUACAUGACGUUGGCGUGGAUGACAUACGCCAAAAUGCAUGGUCAAGAAUUUCACAAAACGCCAGUCGUUUUGGAGAACUUGGUCUUCCAUCGAGCUACUAUACUCAAUAAGGAAGGCGUAGUUAAAUUCGGCAUAAAUUUCUUUGAUAGUACGGGCGCUUUUCAGAUAUGCGAAGGUGGUAGUUUAGCCAUGUCAGGUAAGAUAACUAUACCCGAGAGGAUUGAAAAUGAAGAACUACCUUUAAUUGAAUUGAGAUCAACUACAUCUAUCAAGGACUUAUCUAUUAAUGAUGCUUAUAAGGAGUUGCGUCUACGUGGUUAUGAUUAUAGUGGCAUUUUCCGCGGAAUAGUUACUUCGGACUCAUAUGCAAAGUCUGGUAAAUUAAAGUGGGUUGAUAAUUGGAUUAGUUUCAUGGACACUAUGUUACAGUUCACUAUACUUAGUAAGGAUUUAAGAGAACUUUACUUACCUACAAGGAUUGAAAAAGCUGUAAUUAAUCCAUUGAAACAUAUGGAAAUAGUGUCACAGAUGUCCCAGGAGGAUCUUGAACAAAAAGGUUUAACAGUUUCUAUGUAUAAUGAUAUUAAUGUCGUUAAAAGUGGUGGUGUUGAGUUACGUGGCUUAAAGGCAUCUCUGGCUCAAAAACGACCAGGUACUCAGAACCCUCCAACUUUGGAACGAUAUGCAUUUGUGGCAAACGCAAAUACAACCGAUUUACAUGAAAACUCGGAAAAAGCACGUAUGCACGCCUUGUCAACUGCUCUGCAUUUGAUUAUUGAAAAUUCCGCUGGAGCUAUUAAACUCAAGGGUGUUGAAUUGGCUAAUGGACGCAAUCCUGACAUGCUUUUAUCAAACAAAUUAUUACAAAUCAUUGAAGGCGAGCCGCUUAUGACUGCUGAUUUGGCAGUAGUAACAUCGAACAAAAACGAAGAAAAUAUUGCCACCCUUUUGGCUGAAAGUGGUGUACGCAUCAUAUCGAAAGAUAUUAUGGAAGGACCAGUUGAGCAGAACUGUCAUUUUAUAUUUGCAAUGGAUAUAUUGGCUAGACCAGAUACAGUGAGCUUGGAGAAUAGUAUUGCAACUAUCAGGGAAAAUGGAUUUGUAGUGUUUGAUGAGAGUGUCAAUUCGUUUACCAAAACUGGACGUAUAGCGUUACAAAAGCAAGGCUUUAUAGUUGUUCAAGAGCAAACCUAUGGUGCCUCUCGCGUGAUUGUUGUUGGUAGACGUGUGUUGGACUUAAGUGAACGUAAUUGCACAGUAGUAAAGAUAACUGAAAAGAAUUUUAACUGGUUAGAUGAUUUGAAGACAGCUUUAACUAGUGCUGCACAAGAUGAACAAUACAUUUAUGUUGUAUGUCAAGGUGAAGAAUUAUUUGGAGCUGUUGGUUUAAUGACUUGCAUCAAAAAUGAAAAUGGCGGAAAAUUUGCUCGUCUGGUGUUCAUUCAAGAUGCGAAAGCUGAGACAUUUAGCUUAACAUCCAAAUUUUAUGUGAAACAGUUGGAGAAAGAUUUAAUAAGUAAUGUGUUGAAAUCUGGUGUAUGGGGCACCUAUAGACAUCUUAGGUUGGAAAAAGAUCUGGCUACUUUACAAGUUGAACACGCUUAUGUAAACGCACUCGUUAAAGGUGAUCUUUCUUCAUUAAAAUGGAUUGAAGGACCUAUUCCGCAGAUCAAUACUGAUGAAAAUUUGGAAAUGUGUUCUGUUUAUUAUGCACCUAUUAAUUUCCGCGAUGUGAUGCUUUCAUCUGGUAAAUUAUCUGCUGACGCCUUACCGGGUGAUUUGGCUAAACAAGAAGUAGUUUUGGGACUUGAGUUCGCUGGUCGAGACUCAAGUGGUCGUCGUGUAAUGGCUAUGGUACCUGCCAAAUCAUUAGCAACAACUUGUUUUGCAAACAAACGUAUGAUGUGGCAAAUACCUGACUCAUGGUCAAUGGAAGAAGCCUCUACAGUACCUUGUGUAUAUGCUACAGUUUAUUAUGCUUUACUUGUUCGCGGUCAAAUGAAAAAAGGAGAAAAAAUUCUUAUUCAUGCUGGUUCUGGUGGAGUUGGACAAGCUGCUAUAUCCGUUGCACUCAGCCAUGGAUUGACGGUUUUCACAACUGUUGGUAGCAAAGAAAAGCGUGAUUUCCUUAAACAACGUUUCCCACAAUUAAAAGACCAAAAUAUUGGUAAUUCUCGUGAUACUUCCUUUGAACAAAUGGUUAUGCGCGAAACUCAAGGACGUGGUGUAGAUUUGGUUUUGAAUUCGCUUUCAGAAGAAAAAUUACAAGCUUCAGUUCGCUGUUUAGGCUUAAAUGGCCGUUUCUUGGAAAUCGGUAAAUUUGAUUUAAGUAACAACAGCUCAUUAGGUAUGUCAGUGUUUUUGAAAAAUACUUCCUUCCAUGGUAUUUUACUUGAUAGCGUUAUGGAAGGUGAAGAAGAGAUGCAAAAGCAAAUUGUAACAUUAGUGAGUGAAGGUAUCAAAAAGGGUGCAGUUCGACCAUUACCUACAUCUGUUUUUAAUGAUUUGCAAAUUGAACAAGCAUUCCGUUUUAUGGCGUCAGGCAAGCACAUUGGUAAAGUAGUAAUCAAGGUGCGUGAUGAAGAAGACGGACGUAAAAUUGUAAAACCUGCAGCACGGCUUGUAAAUGCUUUACCACGUACAUAUAUGCAUCCUGAAAAGAGUUACAUAAUCGUUGGCGGUUUAGGAGGCUUCGGUUUGGAACUAACUAAUUGGCUGGUAUUAAGAGGUGCCAAAUACAUUGUUUUGUCAUCACGCUCAGGAAUAAAAACUGGUUAUCAAGCUUUGAAUGUGCGCCGUUGGGAGGAACAGGGCAUACGAGUUCUUAUUGACACAAAUGAUUUUACAACUCCUGCUGGUUGUAAAAAAUUAUUAGAAAAUUCAAAUAAAUUAGGACUAGUUGGUGGUAUAUUUAAUCUGGCAGCUGUUUUACGUGACGGCUUGAUUGAGGAUCAAACUGUCAAGGACUUUAAAACCGUUUGCGAUUCCAAGGUAGCUGGUACUCUAUAUCUUGAUCAAAUAUCCCGCAGUAUAUGUUCAGAAUUGGACUAUUUUAUCUGCUUCUCAAGUGUAUCAUGCGGUCGCGGUAAUAUUGGUCAAACCAAUUAUGGUUUAGCUAAUUCAGCUAUGGAGCGUAUAUGUGAACAACGUCAAGUAAGUGGUUUCCCUGGAACUGCAAUACAAUGGGGUGCUAUUGGUGACACUGGUUUAGUUAUUGAGAAUUUAGGCGAUAAUGAUACUGUUAUUGGUGGAACCUUGCCUCAACGUAUGGUAUCAUGUUUGCAGACGCUUGAUUUAUUCUUGCAACAACCCCAUCCGGUGCUUUCAUCAAUGGUUGUAGCAGAAAAGAGAAAAUCGGAGCAAUCUGGCGGUGUCAGCUUAGUGGCUAGCAUUGCAAAUGUGUUAGGAUUACGUGAUAUUAAAAACGUACAAGACGCUGCAACAUUAGGUGAUCUUGGAAUGGACUCUUUAAUGAGCGCCGAAAUCAAACAGACACUUGAACGAAAUUUCGAUAUUGUAAUGACGGCGCAAGAAAUUCGUCAGCUAACAUUUGGAGCUUUGAAAAAAUUAAGUGGUGGUGGCGACACAUCUGCAACUUCUGGAACUGCAGCACAAACGUCACCACAACGAGUUAGUCCUAGUUCAUUCGGUGAUGGUACCCAAGUCGUUUUUACUAGUGAACUUAUGCCCACCGAAGCAAUUGUACGUCUUAAGUCAGUUGCACCUGCCGAUAGCAAAAAACGUCCAAUAUUUUUCGUAUCACCAAUCGAAGGUUUUGCUUCUGCAUUACAAACUUUGGCAGAACGUUUAAAUUGUCCAGUAUACGGUUUGCAAUGCACAGCUGAUGCACCACUGGAAUCAGCAGAUACUUUAGCUAAAUUUUACUUAAACCAAGUACGCACAGUACAACCUAAAGGUCCCUAUGCGAUUGCGGGAUAUUCAUUUGGUGCAUUAAUUGCAUUUGUAAUGGUAAGCCAAUUAGAGAAAAAUAAGGAAAACUGUGAAUUAGUUAUGUUGGAUGGUGCGCCCAAGUAUGUCAACUGGUAUACACAAUCAUUCAAAGAGCGUUAUAAUACCGAAGAUGAUAUAAACCAAAAUGAAGCUUAUGGUUUGGCAUACUUUGGCAUGGUAUGUGCCAAUGUGGACUAUGGUGGUGUGGCACGGUUACUUAUGACCAUACCAACGUGGCAAUCUAAGGUGGAAAAAUGUGCAGAAUUAGUUGCAGCUGUAAUUAAUCAACCAACAGAUUUGAUUAUAAAAACAGCAACUGCAUUCUACAAAAAAUUGAUUGCAGCAGACAAAUUCCACCCCAACGUAAAAAUUAAUUGUAACGUGACGUUAGUUAAACCUAAAGAGAACUAUGCCAAAUUAGAAGAUGACUACGGCUUAAAGGAGAAUUGCAAAAACACAGUCGAAGUGCACACCGUUGAAGGUAACCAUCGCACAUUCUUGUUAGAGGAGCAAUCUCUUAAAACAAUUGAAAAAAUAUUGGAACGUUUAAUUGUGUAAAGCGACACAAGAUUAGUUAUAUUAUAUAUGAAGGCAUGACGUCAUUUUUAUCAUAAAAAUUAAAACAACUAAAAUAAUUAUGUAUUGCAUAGGUAUAAAAUAUCAAAACUAGAGAAAAUUAACGCACACACAUAUACUUAUUUAGUUAGCGAAGUAAAUAAAUGUUAUUAAACGA